CAAAUUCUAUUCAUAGAUUUAAAAAACUUUUAAUUGACCAAUCAGGUGGAAUUUCCUAACCGCACCUCGAAGCCUCGAAGUUUUCAUUUAAUUUUCAUGUUCAUUCUCAAUCUGAGAACAUCUGAUCUGUUGAGAUUUCUCGAGUCAAAUCUGAUUGAUCCAAUAAUUUAUAAGACGCUUUAAAUUGCGAAUGUAACAUUAAAUUACUCAAAAAUUGUUGUCAAAUAUGAAUUCAGGCGUAGCAAAGCCUACAGUCGUGCCGUCUGUGCAGGAAUUCAGUAUUAGAGUACCAAAAAACAGCAAGAAGAAGCACAAUGUCAUGAGAUUCAAUGCGACGCUGAAUGUAGAUUUUUCCAAAUGGACUCAAGUGAAAAUGGAACGCGAAAACAACAUGAAGGAAUACAAGAGUAUAGAAGAGGAGAUGCCGAAAUUCGGUGCCGGAUCUGAAUUCGGGCGUGAUGCUAGAGAGGAAGCUAGAAGAAAAAAGUAUGGCAUUACUAGUAGAAAGUAUAAACCGGAAGAUCAACCAUGGAUUCUGAAAUCAGGUGGAAAGACUGGGAAGAAAUUCAAAGGUAUACGAGAGGGAGGAGUCAGUGAAAAUGCAGCUUAUUACGUUUUUACUCAUGCUGCUGAUGGAGCAAUAGAGGCCUUUCCUUUACAUGAAUGGUAUAACUUUCAGCCAAUCCAGAGAUAUAAGGCUCUUAGUGCUGAAGAAGCAGAGCAGGAAUUCAGUCGUAGGAAUAAGGUAAUGAAUUAUUUUUCAUUAAUGUUACGCAAGAGAUUGAGAAACGAUGAGGAUGGUGGUGACGACGAAGAAUUAGUGGAAGGUGGUAAAGUUAAAAGGCCAAGUAAGAAAGAGAAGGAAUUGAAAAUAUCAGAAUUGGACGAGUGGAUGGAGAGUGAUGAUGAUGAAUCAGGCAGUAACGAAGAUGAGAAUAAAAAGGGAUCCGAAGAUGAGGAUGAUGCAAAGAAGAUGAAGAAGAAUAAAGGUCAAUUGCAAAAGAAGAAAAAAAAGAAGAAUUCUUCAGACAAUGAAGCGUUCGAGGAAAGCGAUGACGGCGAUGAGGAGGGAAGAGAGUGCGAUUAUAUUUCUGAUUCUUCUGAUUCUGAAUCAGAAUUAGAACAACAGAAGGAAAUUAAGUCCGUCGCGGAGGAGGAUGCUUUGAGAAAAUUACUUGCGUCUGACGAAGAAGAAGAUGAUGAAGAACAAACAGAUAAGAAGGAAGGCGAAGAAGACAAAGACGAAGAUGAGGAAGGAAAAGAAAAGGAUGAUAAAGAUAAAGACAAACUUGGUAAAGAAACGGAUAAGAAGAAAGACAAAAAGAAGAAGAAAAAAGCUAAAAAGAAAGAUCAAAAGAAAUCUACCUCAGGAAAAGAUUCCUCUAGUGAUUUUUCCAGCGAUUCGGAAUCAGAUUCUGAUACAACACUAAAAGAUAAAGAUAACAAGAAACCUAAUAGUGCGCAUAGUUCGAGAUCGGCGACGCCAACCCCUGCAGCUGGGAUUUCUGAUUCUUUUAAGAGAAAGCAAUCUGGAUCUCCAGAUUUGUCGCAAGCGAAAAAGUUGAAGUUAGACAACUUUAAUUUAGUUCCAGUAACAUCGUACAUUCCGGGAGCGAGCGAAUCGGGAAUUACGGAAGAUGCGGUGAGACGAUAUUUAAUGCGCAAACCAAUGACAACAACCGAGUUAUUGCAGAAAUUCAAGUCUAAAAAAACUGGUCUCACAUCUGAGCAGCUUGUCAACAUUAUGACUCAAAUACUGAAGAAAAUAAAUCCUACCAAGCAGACAAUCAAGAAUAAAAUGUAUUUAUCGAUCAAAGCGCAAUCUAAUUAAUUAUAAUUUGUUAAUUAGCCGUUUUUAUGAUUAUCUAAUGCGUUAGUAAUUACACACUGUACAGUAUCAUUCAACUAAUAUUUAAUGAUAAUGAUACUAUGUAAUAAUGAUAAAAAAACACUUCUAUUAAAAAUUUUACAGAAAACUAUAA